CCCAAGCUGGUGAAAGUUGCCAUAAUCAGCUGAUGGAUAUAAAGACUGAGGAGAAGCAACAUGUCGCUACCCAUCUCUGCUGCUAAAGCACUAUGCCAUAUCCGGGAGGAACUUGCUCUGGAGAGCGAGGAGGACAAUCAUUCCUCCGAUGAGAGUGGUGAUGACAGUGAGGACGAAUAUAACCACUUCGUGCUUCGUCUUGACCCCGUUGAGGAUAUCCCUGAUGAAAACGGGGAGAACAUUGCACCUACACCACCAAGGAAAAGAGCACGACGUCUGUCCAAACAGGAGCCGUUGUCAUGGAAGUCAGAAAAUGACAAAGAUGCCGCUCCAGCAACACUGCGGUUUCUUCCUGCAAGGGAGCCUGGUGUGCAGCUGAGUGCAGCAGACAACCACACUCCUCUGGACCUCUUCAAACUCUUCUUUUCAGAUAGUGCUGUGGAAACACUCUGCAAAAACACCAACAAGCAAGCUGCAAGGUCCAUAGCCAGAGGCGUGGAGUAUAAAUGGACGGAUGUUGGCGUUGCUGAAUUCUACAGAUACAUUGGACUGAUAUUCCUCAUGGGCAUGGUCAAGCUGACUGAUGUACGUGACUACUGGAGGAAAUGCUACUACCACACCGUCCCUGUAGCAGCAGAGGUGAUGGCAAGAGACAGAUUCCGAACAAUAUCCUGGAAUGUGCACAUGAGCGACCCAGAUGAGGACAGAGUGAAUGAUGCCAAGAGGGGAACCUCAGCACAUGACAGGCUGUUCCGGCUCAAACCCCUCAUGAACACUAUCCAGAAUGCCUGUAAGGCAUUCUAUCAGCCUCGCAGGAACAUAGCUGUGGAUGAGCGUAUGGUGGCUUCCCCUAAGUGUGGUUUCAAGUUGUUUGUGCUGGCAGACUCCAGCAAUGGGUACACUUUGGACAUUUCUGUGUACAAUGGAAAUAACAACUUCAUAAUAGGGCAAGGUCUCUCUUAUGACUCUGUCAUGUCACUGAUUGACAAAAGGUAUUUGGGGUCGGGAUAUCAUGUGUACAUGGACGAUUUCUACACAAGCCCAAAGCUUUUCAGGGACUUGUUUGCUGCCAAGUUUGGUGCUUGUGGAGCAUACAAGGAUGUACGGAGGGGCUGCCCACAUAGUGCUGUCAAUGCACUGAACAAGAUGUCCCCUACAGGAACGUACCGCUGGAUAAGGGAUGGUCCUCUGGUGUAUGUGAAAUGGAUGGAUACACUCGAGGUGAGGGCUGUCUGCUCCACCAUCCACGCAGCCUACACUGGGGAUGAACGAGAGACAAGAGUGAAAUCCAGAAAGGGUGUCUGGUCCUCACAGUCUCUUCCAUGCCCCUCACCGGUGGUAGAAUACAACAAGUUCAUAGGAGGUUUGUAUUCAUCAGACCAGUAUUACACAUCACAACACAAAACCUCGAAGUGGUACAAGAAACUCUUUUAUCACUUCCUGGACGUUGCUGCAACAAAUGCCUACCUUCUCCACAAAGAACUCAUGCAAAACAUGCACAAGGACAGCAUGAGCCAGAAGGCUUUCAUGGAGGAGCUCACCGCACAGCUGAUGGGUAUUCCACAGAAAACUCAGCCACAAGCGUCUCCUGUCCUGAAUGGCAGAAAUUUUUGCUCGCCAGUUUGUGAGGUUGAGCCUCCCACCGAUGGUGGCAAGAGGGCUUGUGAUAACCGCAAGAGCUGUGCACAUUGCAGGGUGCAGAGUGGAAAGGACAUCAAAACCCCUUGGAAGUGCAGAGCAUGUGAUGUCUAUCUGUGCCUUCAAACAGACAGAAACUGUUUUGAUGCUUGGCAUCAUGGGGGGAACUAAAGAGGACAUCUUUUUUUACUUCAAUAUUCAUUGUGUAGGGAAAGUAGUGUUGGAGAGGGAAAUUAUAAAUAUGUAGUAGUGAAACCACACAUACUUUUCUGAAUGCUAAACUCAUAUGUUUAGCCAACACCUAUGUUUACCAGGUUCAAAUGUCUAAUUCCGAAAUCUUUACAAUGUGUACAAAGUCCUCUUAAAGUAGGUUUUUGUAAGAAUGUUUUUACAUUUGAUUUAAAUAAAAUAUUUUACUAUACUA